AUGGCGCGGCCCGCGGAGAUUUUCGCGCCGCUUUUGGACCGUUUGAACGCGCCGCAUCCGUCAGUGCGGCGAUUCACUGUAGACGCCAUCUUCGCGAGAUUCAAGGCGCCGAGCACGGCGCCGCAAACCUGCGCACCCGCGCGCGAUGCGCUGACGGCGUGCCUGACUCAUGCCACGUCAGCCGUGGUGGACCAAUCCGUAACGGCGCUGUGCGGGCUCGUCCAAUCAGGGCACUGCAAGGCGGAUGAAGCGCUGGCGCAUUUGCUGGCGGCGCUGCCAGCAGUGCGGGGGGAGGUGGGUGACGUGGCGCCUGCAAGUGGCGGCACAGAUUCACGGGAGGGGCGGCAGGGGGGGGAUGUGAGGGAGGGGGGUGGGGGGAAGGAGGGAAGAAGGGGAGGACAACGACGGGAAGUGCAGUGGCGAUGGACGGGAGGCACGCACCCUUUCACACGUCUAUUGGAGACACGGGAAGAGGCGCAUCUGCCUCUGCUUCACCACCUCACCCUCCUCCUCCUCUCCCCUCCUCCUCUCUCCACCACCCCCACCACCACUACCAAGUCAAACCGCACUACUAGCAAUAGCAGCACCACCACCACGAUAACCACCAGCAGUGGCAGCAGCAGCGGCAGCAGCAGCAGCAGCAGCAGCAGCAGCAGCAGCAGCAGCAGCGACAGGGCACUUCUCUUCUCCUCCCUCCUCCCGUUCCUCUGCCGAGCCCUCCUCCCCGCCCCCUCCCCGCCCUCCCGCCUCCGCUUCAAGGCCGCCCUCCACACGCGAUUGGUCCACGUGGCUGCCACGUCAGCAGACCUGUUCCAGCCAAUCACGGCGCUGCUGGUGUCGCUGCUUCCGUGGCACAUGCUAUCGUCAGCAGCGGUGAGUGGUGGUGUGAGUGAUGGUGUGAGUGGGAGUGUGAGCGUCAGUGUGAGUGGGAGUGAGUGUGAGUGGGAGUGUGAUGGCGGUGUGAGUGGCGGUGUGAGUGGCGGUGUGAGUGGCGGUGUGAGUGGGAGUGUGAGUGGCGGUGUGAGUGGCGGUGCGAGUGGCGGUGGGAGUGGCGGUGCGAGUGGCGGUGCGAGUGGCGGUGCGAGUGGCGGUGCGAGUGGCGGUGCGAGUGGCGGUGCGAGUGGCGGUGGGAGUGGCGGUGCGAGUGGCGGUGCGAGUGGCGGUGCGAGUGGCGGUGCGAGUGGCGGUGCGAGUGGCGGUGCGAGUGGCGGUGCGAGUGGCGGUGCGAGUGGCGGUGCGAGUGGCGGUGCGAGUGGCGGUGCGAGUGGCGGUGCGAGUGGCGGUGCGAGUGGCGGUGCGAGUGGCGGUGCGAGUGGCGGUGCGAGUGGCGGUGGGAGUGGCGGUGCGAGUGGCGGUGCGAGUGGCGGUGCGAGUGGCGGUGCGAGUGGCGGUGCGAGUGGCGGUGCGAGUGGCGGUGCGAGUGGCGGUGCGAGUGGCGGUGCGAGUGGCGGUGCGAGUGGCGGUGCGAGUGGCGGUGCGAGUGGCGGUGCGAGUGGCGGUGCGAGUGGCGGUGUGAGUGGCGGUGUGAGUGGCGGUGUGAGUGGCGGUGUGAGUGGCGGUGUGAGUGGCGGUGUGAGUGGCGGUGUGAGUGGCGGUGUGAGUGGCGGUGGGAGUGGCGGUGCGAGUGGCGGUGCGAGUGGCGGUGCGAGUGGCGGUGCGAGUGGCGGUGCGAGUGGCGGUGCGAGUGGCGGUGCGAGUGGCGGUGCGAGUGGCGGUGCGAGUGGCGGUGCGAGUGGCGGUGCGAGUGGCGGUGCGAGUGGCGGUGCGAGUGGCGGUGCGAGUGGCGGUGCGAGUGGCGGUGCGAGUGGCGGUGCGAGUGGCGGUGCGAGUGGCGGUGCGAGUGGCGGUGCGAGUGGCGGUGCGAGUGGCGGUGCGAGUGGCGGUGCGAGUGGCGGUGCGAGUGGCGGUGCGAGUGGCGGUGCGAGUGGCGGUGCGAGUGGCGGUGCGAGUGGCGGUGCGAGUGGCGGUGCGAGUGGCGGUGCGAGUGGCGGUGCGAGUGGCGGUGCGAGUGGCGGUGCGAGUGGCGGUGCGAGUGGCGGUGCGAGUGGCGGUGCGAGUGGCGGUGCGAGUGGCGGUGCGAGUGGCGGUGCGAGUGGCGGUGCGAGUGGCGGUGCGAGUGGCGGUGCGAGUGGCGGUGCGAGUGCGGUGCGAGUGGCGGUGCGAGUGGCGGUGCGAGUGGCGGUGCGAGUGGCGGUGCGAGUGGCGGUGCGAGUGGCGGUGCGAGUGGCGGUGCGAGUGGCGGUGCGAGUGGCGGUGCGAGUGGCGGUGCGAGUGGCGGUGCGAGUGGCGGUGCGAGUGGCGGUGCGAGUGGCGGUGCGAGUGGCGGUGCGAGUGGCGGUGCGAGUGGCGGUGCGAGUGGCGGUGCGAGUGGCGGUGCGAGUGGCGGUGCGAGUGGCGGUGCGAGUGGCGGUGCGAGUGGCGGUGCGAGUGGCGGUGGGAGUGGCGGUGGGAGUGGCGGUGCGAGUGGCGGUGGGAGUGGCGGUGCGAGUGGCGGUGCGAGUGGCGGUGCGAGUGGCGGUGCGAGUGGCGGUGCGAGUGGCGGUGCGAGUGGCGGUGCGAGUGGCGGAUCGGGAGUCCAUGCUGGCAAGCUUAGGCGAGCUCAUGGAUCUAGCCUAUGCCACGUCAUCAUCCACUGAAUCCCAACAAACCCAACACCAGAUCCCCCAAAGCAACCAACCACACCAAUCCCACCACAGCCACCAUCCACACUCGCUCCCCUCCCUCACCACCCGCCUCUCCGCCUGUGCUCUCGCACUCUCUCUUGAGCUGCAAGCCGCCGGCACCACCGCUGCUGGUGCAUCUUCUGCUGCUGCUGCUGGGGCUGCUGCUGCAGCUCCCACUGCUGCUGCCUCUGCUGCUGCUGGUCUGCCCUCCUGCCUCUUCCUCGUUCAAAAGGCCUCUCUGCUGCGAGCGCGGAUUGACUGUCAGAGAGAGGAGGGAGAGAGUGAAAAGGAGGAUGUGGGGAGAAGAGAAGGGGAAGAUUCCAGCAUGGGUGUGGGACAGCUGGGAGGCGUCGGAGGAAUGAGAAGGAUGGGAAGAGAAAGGGGGGAGUCGGAGGAAGCGGAGCAGCAGAGGGGAGGGGAAGGGGAUGCAGUGGAGGUGGUGGGGUUGCUGCGCCUGCUGCUGUGCGGGCUACCAGCAGACGAAGACCACAUCGCUGUGCUCGCAGUGCUACAGCAGACCCUUACCAAGCUGAAUCGGGGAGCUGCUGAAGCCGCUGAAUCGUCUAGGCACAAAGACGUGGAUGAUGAGCUUGCUGACGUGGCAAAGUCGCUGGCGCUUUCAGACGGGAGAAGCACGCUGGCAGGAGCACCAGGUGGGGUGCAUGGGUGCCACGUGUCAGGCUCUAAUAGGUGGCUUCUGGCGCUACAGCAGCAGCUGAAUCAGAUCCGGAAAGAGACAUGUGAAGAAGCGACUGGGAGGUGUGACUGUUGCAGGGAAGGUGUCACUGGUGGGUUGGGGUGGGUGGGGAUAGAGGAGAAUGUGGUGUGCCUUGCUAUGGGCGGUGCGGCGAGGGAAGAUAUUGGAGUGAUGGCUGUUGCAGGGACGGAUUCGCUGAACCGCUGCGCUAAAGCGAGGAGCCGUGUUGUCGACGAAGUCGCAUCGAGUCAUGUUGAUCGCUGUCCGAACGUUGAGAAAGAUGCCUCCUCUCGACUCCUGAAAGAUGAGGUUGACCAGAGUUAG